AUGGAAGAACAAGAUUGGGAUCUCCAUGCGGUGGUUCGAGGCUGCUCCACCGUCACUUCCACCAACACACCUACCCCCUCUGUUUCCUCCUCUUCCUCCUCUGUUUUCCCUCUCCAACCCGAACCUUCUUCUGCCUUCUCCUCUAUCUUUACCACCGAACAAAAACCUCAAACUUUCUCACUUUCUACACACCCUUUUGAACCAAGAACCUCCAUUGAAGAGUUGCAUGAACUUUGCAAGCCUUUCUUUUCUAGAUCAGAGCCUCUUUCUUUACAAACCUCUCCUCUGUUUUCUUCAUUCUCUUAUUCCUCCUCUGUAGCACCCAAAUUACCUCAAACACAAGACAAACAACAACUACAGAGAACCAAACAACCACACCAAGGUGAUUCUCUCACCAACCCAAGAUCAAAAAGAAGGAAAAACCAGCUCAAGAAAGUUUGUGAAGUACCUGUUGAGAAUCUCUCUUCAGACAUAUGGGCAUGGAGAAAAUACGGACAAAAACCCAUUAAAGGCUCACCAUAUCCAAGGGGUUAUUAUAGAUGUAGCAGUUCAAAAGGUUGUUUAGCGAGAAAACAGGUUGAAAGAAACAGAUCAGAUCCAACAAUGUUCAUAGUAACAUAUACAUCUGAACACAACCAUCCUGCUCCAACACACAAAAACUCUCUUGCCGGUUCAUCUCGUCAGAAGCCAUUAACACCACCACCUCAAGGUGAAACAACCAACAAAGAUCUUGCAAAACCACCCUCUUCUCCAGAAGAAGAAGAGGUUCAAAAGUCCGAGAGCAAGGAAGAUUCUACCAUGGAUGAAGAAGAAGGAGGAGGAGAAGAUGAGUUUGGUUUAUCUGAUGUUGUGUUGACAGAUGAUUUCUUUGAGAGUUUAGAUGAACUGAGUCAACUCGGUGGUGCUGGAGAUUGUUUCGCAGAUCCAUUUUCUUCUGCCAUUGGGAUUCCUAAUUGGGCUGCUGCUACGGCUGCAGGUGGUAGCUGA